AUGUAUGGAGGAGAUCCUCACCAGAACCAGCACCAGCAUAAGCAGCACCAGCACUAUCCUCCUGGGCCGCCAUUGCCUCCCGGUCCAACACCGAUGCAUCAACUCCAGCAGCCGUACCCACACAGGCCCCACCAUCCACAGGGUGGCGAUUUUCCGAGGGGUCCGCCACAGCUUCCUGGUCCGCCACCAAUGAUGCGGCAGCUCUCAGCUUCGUCCACCACUCUCAAUUCUCAGCCACCUAUGCCCGAAUAUCAUCAUCCGCAGCAGCCUCCUAAUCUCCACCCUCAUCCCUCUUUUGAGUCUCAUGCUGAUAAUUUUGCCGCAAAAAGAAUGAGAAAGAUUGGGCAAAGGAAAGCUGUAGACUAUACAAGCACUGUUGUACGGUAUACGCAGAUUCGUAUGUGGCAACGGGAUUCACGUGACAGGACUGUCUUACAACCAACGUCAGCUGCAGUUGUUGAUAUGUUGCCGACUACUGCUUAUUCAGAUAAUCCAUCUACAAGCUUUGCUUCAAAGUUUGUACACACUUCCCUAAACAAAAAUCGGUGCUCUAUCAAUCGCGUUGUGUGGACUCCUAGUGGAAGGCGCCUCAUCACAGGUUCGCAGAGUGGUGAAUUCACCCUAUGGAAUGGGCAGUCAUUUAAUUUUGAAAUGAUAUUGCAGGCUCAUGAUCAAGCAGUCAGGUCUAUGGUAUGGAGUUACAAUGAUAACUGGAUGGUUACAGGUGAUGAUGGGGGUGCAAUAAAGUACUGGCAAAACAACAUGAAUAAUGUCAAGGCCAAUAAAUCAGCCCAUAAGGAAUCAGUUCGUGAUUUAAGCUUCUGUAGGACGGAUCUGAAAUUCUGCUCAUGUUCUGAUGACACAACAGUUAAGGUGUGGGACUUUGCUCGGUGUCAAGAAGAGCGCUCUUUAACUGGCCAUGGUUGGGAUGUUAAAAGUGUCGACUGGCAUCCUACGAAGUCUUUGUUAGUUUCAGGUGGAAAAGACUAUCUUGUUAAACUUUGGGAUGCAAAGUCCGGAAGGGAGCUUUGUUCCUUUCAUGGACACAAGAAUGUUGUGCUUUGUGUCAAAUGGAAUCAGAAUGGAAAUUGGGUCCUUACUGCUUCAAAAGAUCAACUUAUUAAGCUGUAUGAUAUAAGGACUAUGAAGGAGCUUGAAUCUUUCCGCGGGCAUCGUAAGGAUGUUACUGCAUUGGCGUGGCAUCCUUUUCAUGAGGAGUAUUUUGUUAGCGGCAGUUAUGAUGGAUCAAUUUUUCAUUGGGUUGUUGGGCAAGACACUCCACAAGUUGAAAUUUCUAGUGGUCAUGACAACAGUGUUUGGGAUCUUGCUUGGCACCCCAUUGGAUAUAUACUAUGCAGUGGUGGUAAUGAUCACGCGACUAAGUUUUGGUGCAGAAAUAGACCUGGUGACCAAUCUCGUGAGAAAUCAAGUGCAGGCUUUGGUGAGCAGAAUAGUGGUUUAGGCAGUCGCAUGCCUACUUAUCCUGGACUGGAGGGACCAACAACUCCUGGACCAUUUGGUGCAGGAUUAACAAGAAAUGAGGGUACUAUACCUGGAAUUGGAGUUGCGAUGCCAUUUUCAAUUCAAUUACUUGAUUCCUCCACUCAGGGGGAUCAGAAGCCAUCCAUGUCUGUUUCGAUGCCUUUGAGUGCUCCACCGCUUCCACCUGGGCCUCAUCCAUCUCUUGUUUCUAGCAAUCAGCCUUAUCAACAAAAUGCUCAGCAGGUACAGCAGCAUCAACCAAUGGGUCAGCAGAUGUCAUUGCCUUCCGCCCAUCAACCUCUGCUGCCACAUCCUCAUCUACCUCGCCCUCCUUCCCAGAUGCAACCAAAUACACCUUCUAGCAUUCCAUCUUCUAUGCAAGGAACAUUACCUCCUGUGCCUAUGGGAGGCCCAAUGGGGAUGCAAGGCAAUAUGAAUCAGAUGGGCCCAGCAAUGCCCCAAGGGCACUUCAUAAGCAUGAACACUAUGCCUUCUGGAUCUGGGCCACCAGGUAAUGUAGCGCCUGGAGGUAUUCCAAAUGGUUUAUUGAACAUGCAAGGCCCCUCUAGUGCAACUGGUCCUCAAAUGUUUCCUCAAGUAGGUGGUUUCAACAGGCCGCAAGCUGGGCAAAUGCCAAUGAUGCCAGGACUUAAUCCCUUCCAGGCUGGGAAUCCAAACAAUACAGCAAUCGGAAGCUUGCCGUCAAAUUUUAAUCCCUUGUCAGGGAUGCAACCACCGCUGCCUCCUGGUCCUCCUCCUCAUAAUCAAAGUCAUCAAUGA